AUGAUCACAUGUUUCACGUUACUUAAGACCAGAAGCAGACAAUUGAUUGUGAGUUCCAAUAGCGACCUCAAGAUCACAUCAAUGGGUUGGAAAGGGUGUAGUCUUAACCUUACGACGGCAGACCCUAAUUGGCAGGCAUUCAAGAGUGGAGUGCGUGAGAGGAACGCCUCCAUGUUUAACAACCCACUCAUGAGUGACGUGCUCUUCAUCGUCGGUCAGAAGGGCUCCAAUAGUGGUCAACAGCGCAUCCCAGCGCACAAGUAUGUCUUGGCCACCGGUUCCUCUGUCUUCUACGCCAUGUUCUUCGGCGGUCUCGCGGAGGAGAAGGAGGAGAUUGAGAUCCCGGACGUCGAGCCCUCGGCUUUCCUCACGCUAUUGAGAUAUAUGUAUUGCGAUGACAUAUGUCUGGAGGCGGACAAUGUGUUGGCGUCUCUCUACGCGGCGAAGAAGUAUUUGGUGCCCCACUUGGCCCGCGCCUGUGUCUCGUACCUGGAGACCAGUCUGACCGCCAGAAACGCAUGCAUUCUCUUGAGUCAAAGUCUUCUGUUCGAAGAGCCAGACCUCAUGCAGAGGUGUUGGGAAGUGAUCGACGCUCAGGCAGAGCUCGCACUCGCCUCCGAUGGCUUCGUUGACAUUGAUUUCCAAACACUCGAAUCCAUUCUCUCCAGAGAGACACUCAAUGCCAAAGAGUUAUCGAUAUUCUAUGCGUCCCUUCUAUGGGCUAACUCUGAGUGCCAGAGAAGGGAACUGGAGAUCACUGCCGACAAUCAGCGCAAAGUCUUAGGCAAUGCUUUGUUUUUGGUUCGCAUUCCAGCCAUGAGUUUAGAAGACUUUGCGAACGGACCCGCACAGAGUGGACUCCUCACACUCCAGGAAACUACAGAUAUAUUCCUCAACUAUACGGCUGCUGUCAAACCUAUACUACAGUUCCCCACCAUAGCUCGUCUCGGACUCAAAGUCCAAAUCUGUCACCGAUUCCAGUCGUCUGCCUAUCGAAGCAAUCAAUGGAGAUAUAGAGGACGUUGUGAUUCAAUUCAGUUCAGUGUAGAUAAGCGUAUAUUUGUGGUGGGCUUUGGACUGUACGGCUCGUCUAACGGCGCCGCAGACUAUAAAGUGAAGAUUGAAUUGAAACGAAUGGGGAAAGUGUUGGCCGAGAAUCACACGAAGUUCUUCUCCGACGGAUCGAGUAAUACAUUUAACGUCUACUUCGAGCACCCGAUUCAGAUCGAGGCGGACACCUUCUACACGGCCUCAGCCAUACUGGACGGUCAGGAACUGAGCUAUUUUGGUCAGGACGGCCUCACCGAAGUCACCAUCAACGGCAACGUGUCCUUCCAGUUCCAGUGCAGUUCUGACAGCACUAAUGGCACGGGUGUUCAGGGCGGACAGAUUCCCGAAAUCAUUUUCUACGGACCAAUGGCUCACUCGUCUACUACUCACCAAUCAAUCACUCAUUGAAUCUCAAAUGCAAACUUCAUUCAAACGUUGGCUUUGUUUUAGUCAUUCUGUAAAUAAUUCUUAGACUCUAUUAGACUUAUAUACACUUUAUUUUAAAUCUAUUUAAUUGUACUAUAAUUCCAAAUAUGCAUCAAAUUAUUGACUAAUUGUAUAGAAUUUAGACCUGUUUUCAAAUCAUCCACUUGUGAUUGUAAUUAUCGUAUAAAUUAUACAAUUCCGUAUACAGUAACACUUCACUUGUUAUUUCCUAAUAUGAAUAUACCGUAAAUAAUGUCUAAUUUCAAUCAACUUAUAUCAUAAUAACUACAAAAGUAAUACCAAUUAGGGCUGUCUUUCAAUAAACCAAUUGUUAAAUACCA